UCCGCUGUUGUCAUUGUCUGCACGUUGCCGGUUCGCCUUUUCUUACAUUUACCCUUUUUAGUACAAGAUGUUCGCUCCCGGUCAGGAAACGCUCUCGAAGGAGCAGAUUAGAGCUGGUGAGCAGGAGGCUCAGCAGACUAUCCGCUCUGCCAUUACCGGUGGUAUCCUUCUGUAUCUCUCUCCCUUCGCUAUCGAUUUCGUCAAGAAGUUCCUUUAAGCGGCCGAUAAUUCGUACGGUCUACGUUAUGACGGGGAUUCAUUAGACGGCGUCACUUUGUCUGUUUGUUUGCUCGUGCCUAGCUAACGGCAGAGAUGUAUUAUUAUUGUACAUUCGGGUUAUCAUUGCGGAAAAUAUAGAAUGAAGAUGGGGAAAUGACAAAGUGUCGGUUUUUAGGGUUUUUCUUCUUCUUAUCUAAGGGGUCCCGAAUCGGAUGAAUUGCAGAUGACCAGCUCC